AUGAAUUUUCUCACCAUCGCGCCAGCGCCGACGAGCCGUAAGCCUGGCCCCCCACCCCAGCGCAUCAUGGGUUAUUCCUGCCAGGCGUGCGGACGGCGCAAGGUCAAGUGCGACAAGGCGGUGCCCGAGUGCGCCGCCUGUCGCAAGAGCGGCGUAGAGUGUGUAUACGAGGCGCCGCCACCACGCGGCGGCAAAAGGCUGGUGACGAGAGAGGUCCUCGACAAGCUCGCGCGAUACGAGCGCCUCUUGGAGCAGCAUGGCUUGCUUGACGCUACCAAUGCCGGCAUGGCGACGCCCAGCGGGUCGGUCCGCGAUACGCCGAAGGAGCCGAUUUCGAUUCAUUGGAACGCGAGCGUGGGGCCGGAUGGCGGUGCCGUGAUUGCGGAUGAAGGAAAAUCGAGAUACGUAGACGGGAGCUUCUGGCGCAAUAUCGGCGUCGGAGAUGGCCAGCUGGAAUCUGAUGAGGAGGACGAUCCUGCUGGCUACGGUCAAGUCGCAACGCAGAUGCGCGGCCUUGCCGUUUCUGAUCCGCUGUCUGAUGCCCUGGUCGGCACGCGUCAAGCACUUGGGCACUAUCACCCGACAGAAGAGGCCGCAAUGAUUCUCUGGGAUGCAUAUGCGGAGAAUAUCGAGCCCAUUACCAAGGUACUCCACGUGCCAUCCACGCGCAAAGCCAUAGAACGGAUUUCUCGAGACCCUCAACGUGCCGAGCCCCGGGAUGAAUGCCUCGCAUUUUCUGUAUACCACUUUGCCGUAUUUUCUAUGGCAGACGAGGAAGUUGUCGAAAGAUUGGGCGAGCAGCGUUCAGAGCUGCUUUCUUCAUUUCACUUUGCCACUCGCCAGGCGCUAGUCAAUGCUUCUUUUCUGAAAACCACCGACUUGACUAUCCUACAAGCCUUUGUUCUGUUUCUUCUGCCGGCCCGCUACACAUAUGACGCACAUACGCACUGGAUCCUCACGGGUGCCGCCGUCCGAAUCGGUCAGCGCAUCGGCCUACACAGAGACGGAACAAAACUCGGCCUCGCCCCAUUCGACACAGAAAUCCGACGUCGUCUUUUCUAUCCUCUUCUCUCUCUCGAUGGCAUCGCCAGCCAAAUGGCCGGGACGGCAGUCACUCAGCUGCCGGAUACGUGGGAUGUGCAACAGCCCCUCAACAUCAACGAUGAUCAGAUUUGGCCGGGCAUGACUGAGAUGCCAGUCGAGCAGAAAGGCGCCACGGACAUGAUGUUUCGGCUGUCGAGGACGUGCAUCGGCAAGACCUUUGUGAAGACGGGCAAAAUGCAAAGCGGCGGGAUGGGAGGCAAUUUCGACGAGGCGGCCGAGGCUGAAAAGACCAUUCAGGAAGCGGAGCGCGAAGUUGAAGAGAACUACAUACGAUACUGCGAUGUCAUUAAUCCGCUGCACUUUUUAUCCAUGGCAUUGGCGAGAUCGGGCAUUUUAUCCAUGAGGCUGCGCGUAAGACUCUGCAAGAUGCGCAACAAGACGGCGACCGAUGCAGACAAGCGCGAGACGCUGCAUCUUGCACUCAGGAUCUUGGAUACAGACAAUGCAGUCUGUACGCAAGCAGGAACAUCCAAGUUUCGAUGGCUCACGCAGUCUUUUUUCCUGUGGGGAAUGUGGGAUGCACUUACAUUUGUGCUCAACGGCCUGUGGAAGGAACCGACCGUGUUUUCAGCCGCCGAUGUCAAUUCAGCGUGGGAACGAAUGGCGCAGGUAUAUCAAAAUCAUCAAGAGAUGCUCCACUCCAAGCAGACUAUCAACGUGGCCUUUCGCAAGCUCACACUUGUUGCGUGGGAGGCGCACCAGCAGCGAGAGGAGAGCCAGGGCUUGCAGCCGGCUUUUGUCGCAGCGCUGCGGGAACAGCAGGAGAAACGAAGACAGCGAAGGGCGGCUCAAUUGGCGGCCAUGUCAACGCCUGGCGGCUCGUCGGACACGGACAUGUUCAACUGGUCAAGCGGUGCUUCCUCCGAGUCACCGUUCGACUUUAACAUUGACGAUGCGGACUGGUCAUUUUGGGACGGUCUGCUUCGUGGUGGCAUGCAGUAA